AUGGACGAGAACGAGCAGGAGAGCGGGCAGCUGAUGGUGGGCAAGCGGCGCUACUGGUAUCACCUGCAGCUCGCCGCGUGGCUCAAAAACAAACAGGGCGAAUACUACGACAAGUUCCUGCUGGGCGACAAGGACAUGUUCUCGUUCGCGUGGCAUGCGCUCAAGACGGACUUUGGCCUGCCCCGCAAGUGGCUUACGAGCGUCGGCACCCGCAACGACGGGUUUUACUGUGGUCACACGUUCGCGCAGCACCACCCAGACGACCGUCGCAUCGCCUUCAUGCACGGCGGGCUGACCAAGAUCGCCGCACUCCGUGUGCACGUCGACAUCAUCUCUGACCCGACUGAUUACAUGCCUAACCGCCCGGGAGGCCUCCCGGUGGCCAUGUGUACGGAGAUGAGAGAUGUCAAGGCCGGGAACUUCAGCGAGCUGCUUCCGGAUUUUGAAAGUGAAUUUACCGAACUGGGAGGAUACUAUACGCUGUAG